UUUUCAAACACACACACACACAAUAUUCAACUUCAUCUUCUUAGUUUGAAGAACUAGGGUUAACAUCAAUUUUCUUCAACAGUACUCUUAAAUUUCGAUCAAAUGUCAACAUUCGGCGUUGCUUCUGCCUCCAAUACUAAUCCAAACAAGUCCACUGAGGUUGUGUCGCCUCCUACUGAUGCUGUAUCAAGCCUUUGUUUCAGUCCUAAAGCGAAUCAUCUUGUUGCAACUUCAUGGGAUAACCAGGUGAGGUGUUGGGAAGUGACAAAAAACGGAACUUCAGUUACCACUGUGGCAAAGACAUCCAUGGCCCAUGAGCAACCAGUUUUAUGCUCAUCAUGGAAAGAUGAUGGAACAACGGUCUUCUCUGGAGGCUGUGAUAAGCAAGUGAAGAUGUGGCCGUUAUUGUCUGGCGGCCAACCAACAACUGUAGCAAUGCAUGAUGGCCCCGUGACUCAGGUUGCUUGGAUUCCAGAGAUGAAUCUUUUGGUUUCAGGAAGCUGGGAUAAAACUCUUAGGUACUGGGACUUGAGACAAUCGAAUCCAGUCCACACACAACAACUUCCAGACCGUUGCUAUUCACUUUCAGUGAGACAUCCCCUACUGGUUGUUGCCACCGCUGAUAGAAAUCUUAUCGCAUUCAACUUACAAAACCCUCAGGCAGAGUUUAAGAGAAUUGUGUCUCCCUUGAAAUACCAAACAAGAUGUGUUGCUGCCUUUCCUGACCAGACUGGUUUCUUGGUUGGAUCAAUUGAAGGAAGGGUUGGUGUGCAUCAUAUUGAUGAACAACAAAGUAAAAAUUUCACAUUUAAAUGCCACAGAGAGGGAAAUGAAAUCUAUGCAGUCAACUCUCUUAACUUCCAUCCUGUUCAUCAUACAUUUGCAACUGCAGGAUCUGACGGUGCUUUUAACUUCUGGGACAAGGAUAGCAAGCAAAGAUUAAAGGCAAUGUCAAGGUGCAAUCAACCUAUACCUUGCAGUAGCUUUAACAAUGACGGAUCUAUAUAUGCUUACGCGGUGUGUUAUGACUGGAGCAAGGGUGCUGAAAAUCAUAAUCCAUCCACAGCAAAAACCUCAAUUUACUUGCACUUGCCCCAGGAGUCCGAGGUUAAAGCCAAGCCACGUGCUGGGGCGGUUGGAAGGAAAUGAGGGCGUGUUUUUGAUCUUUUUCAAAGACCUGUUUCAUUGUUUGUCAUUCAACAUUUUUUGGUGGGUCUCAUCAUUGUAGGGAUUAGUUGAAAAUGAAGAAAGUAAGGCAUAAAAGUGUAAUAUUCUUUUGACAUUAAUCGAUCGAAGAAGAUACAAGUUGUUUUAGGGGUUGCAAUUUUGACCAAGUUAAAACCAAUGUUUUUAACGGGGCCAAUCGGCUGUCUUACCGGUUGGACUGAAUUUGAAACCGGAUGAUUUUCAACUUGGUCAUAAACAUGUUAAUCUAUUUGUGUGAUUGAAUUAUAAA